AUGGCCCAACAGCUCCGGGACUCGUGCCGCAAAUGGCUGUUGGCCGACGGAAGCGACUUGGAGCAAGUGAUCGAUCGGGUGGUGCUGGAGCAAUUUAUCACUCGGCUACCUAAGAAGACCGCCAAGUGGGUCCAUUGCCACCGGCCCACGUUGCUGGACUCGGCCAUCCAACUGGCGGAGGAUCACAUGGUGGCGUGCCCAGGGCCAACUCUCUGCCACAAGAGCGGCGGGCAGGUCUGGGCCGGCCUGUUGGCGUUGCGGGGACCCGGACCAUUUUGUGGACAGGUGUCCGGUUAUGGAAGUGGGGACGAUGAUCUGGGUCCCAGACGACCCGCAGGCUGCCCCUGGUCAAGCUGGCUGGUACCAAAUACCUAUGCCUCUUGGAAUAAAAAUUUGCUGGGUAAGGAUGUGCGAGUGCAGGUGGGAGAGACUGACCAGGGACCAGUGAGUACUGCCUCACGGGAACAGAGCGGGAUCGGGAGACUGAUUCUCUCGGACCACGAUGACAUUCCCCUGGAGCAAAGACGUGAGGUUGUUGAAGAUCAGCCUCUUGUAUCAACACUCAAACAACGAUGGCCAGCACUCUUUAAUGAGGAACAGGUUUAUGCAGAAUUUAGAAGGAUCAACCAUUUAGACCUUAAAUCCACAUUCCUUACAUCAUUGGAUAACAACUCCAGAGGCUUGCUGAAACUCUUCAGGGCAAAAGUAAUACAGAGAGGCGAUUGUGACUUGGAGACUUUGCUGGACAAUCUAGAUGAACAGAUGGCAGACUUAACUGUGCAGAGAAGGGCUACUGCUCUUCGGGGUCUUCCUUUUUAUUUCAAGGAACAUGGAACCAUAUGCAAGACUAUUCUGAGUUCAGAGGCAUUGGAGCAUCACAAAGUUGGAAUGAAAAUGGGAAUUCUUGAAGUGGUGAGCAGCAACAGUUCCACUUCAAGAUCCCUCUCCGAUGUGGUAAAUGUUGCAAUUGUCCUUGAAGAGGAAGUUGUCCUGGAAAACAUGGGAGACUUUGUGAGUGCGUUCAUUGUCCUCUUUGGCAUGCUCUACGCACUUAACAUGGAGUACAACAAGGACUUAAGAUAUACUUUUGAAUUCAUUCAGAAGGUCUUUUUGAACAUGGGAACUGAGUGCAGCAAAAAAGUGCAAACUCUGAUGAGCAAAUUAUUGGAAAACUAAGUGAAAUUUCACUUAACCCUCACGGGAGAAGUACCCUUAAGCUCAAAGUACCUUUUGUGAGAAUGUUUUUUGCUGCUUUCUAUAUAUCUGUAAAUGUGUUUACAUGCUUAAUAUUUGAUGAGUAAGAUGCAGUUUCAUGAGCUCAUAUUAAGAUGAAAUUAACUAUAAUAAACUAAACACAACCCUGAAGUAAUUUUUUACUUCAGACUUUUGCAGCGUUUCAAAUAUUUGUAAAUGUUUUACAAAAAUUCAAGUAAAUUUACACUGAAUAUUUAAAGUAACCCUCUCCUGUUACUUGCAUUUUAUGUUGUGUUGACGUUUUUGCACUUUAGCAAAUAUUAACAUAAUAUUUUAAAUUAUUUAAAUGUUUAAUAUUGUUAGUGCAGUUUCAUAAAUGUAGUACCUAAAUACCAAAAUGUCAGUGAAAUUUCUCUAAACACUGAUAAUACAUGUUUUUUAAAUAAUUGUUUUGUUAAUGUAAGAUCUAAGGUCUAAUGAGUUUUGUGUAUCUUGGAAUCCUGAAUUGAAAUGCAUGAUUUUUAUCUACUAAGGUCUACUGUGCAGAAAUGUUCAAUGUAUUUACCAUUUAAGGUAUUUUCACAAUACUGUUGUAGAUUUAAUAAAAUGUAUUAAAUAAAA